AUGGUGAAUAUUAGCGCAUUCAUGAAACCCAAAGACCAGGUCGUGUCCUGCAUGCCCGACCAUUCCCUUCGCACCGCGCUGGACCUCAUGGUGACCCGCAAGGUCGGUUCUGUGAUGGUCUUGAACAAGGAGAAGAACCUUCGACCUUUGGGUAUCAUCACAAAGACAGACAUGCUUGAAGCCUACCACAAGGGAAUGGGUCUGGAUGACCAUACGGUUGAGGAAAUCAUGCACACGACCUUGACAGCUGUCGUCGACACCAUGGGUCGUGAUGCCGCUGCGAAGAUCCUUGAAAAGAAUCAAAAGCACCAUGCGAUUGUCAUUGACAAGGAAGGUACGUUUGUGGGCGUUAUCAGCUCAAUGGACAUUGCCAACGAAGUGGCGCGAGAUGCCAGGGCAUGGCCAUGGAUUCGUCCUGACGAGGGCAAGUUCACGGCUGCUGUCGAUACACCUGCUUCGCCGCGCGGCCCCAUUGAGCAGGAAGGUCAACAAAAGAAGCGUUCGUCGUUCAUCCAGUACAUUGAUAAUCUCGAGUACUUGGACAUGUGA